CACACACACAAAAUGUUUGGCUCAAAGUUACGAUCAUGGAUGGAGAAUCACAUUGUGAGGUCUCGUAAAAAGGGUAAUAAAAAUAAAAAUGCGGCGGCGGAACAACAAAUAACAACAACAGCAGCAUCAGCAGCAAACGACCAUAAACAUAAGCAUGCUGCAACAGGAUUUACGAUAUACCAUCAUCAUCACCAGCAGCAGCAUCCGCAUCAGGGCAAUGGCAGCUGUUCGUCGCCAUAUAAAAGUAAUUCAAAUUCCCAGGCAUCAUCCAGUGCCAAUCACACCGGCUGUAGCAGUGUUAUAUCGAGUCCUGUGCGACGUCGAGAGGUAUCGCCCAUACAGAAUCAUACUCAAAGUCGUUAUGGCUGGCAGUCGCCAGAUGGUGAACAUGUUAUGUCUCCUAAAUCGGAUAAUUUCCUUUAUGCUCCUCAACAUCACAGCCAACAGUAUUUGCGUAAUCAUCACACAGCCCCAAAUACCAGGGAAAAUUCUUGCGAAGAAAAACAAUAUCAGCCGCCACCAGUGCCAAAUAACCACCAGCAUCAGUUGCAGCCCCAGCAACAGCAACAACAACAGCAGCAACACCAAUUGAAUUGUUCCACUUCAUCGUUUUCUUCGUUGUCAUGGUCGACUGGCUCAAAGGAGCCUUCUAUGCAUUCCAAUAAUAAUGGCCAAUUGAAUUCGGCCACGUUGAGUGUCCUGGCAGAUGUGACCAAUGCCAAUAUCGAACGCCACCCAUCAUAUACGCCACCCGAUGAGGCGAAGCCAUACGACGAUGAUGAUCCAAAUGCUGUACACUAUGAGGAAAUCGGCACCCUUAUAAGACAUCCUGAAAAACUGCUACAGGACAUUUUGAAUGACAUUGAACGUCCGAAAUCGGAACAAUUUGUAAAUGGCGGCCAACGGAUUCCCGCAUUUUCGGAUGAAAAACAGACACAAGAUGAUGCAUCCACCCGUUAUGGACGUCUGUUGCCAUCGAAAAUACCCAAUCCCACUGUUAUUGGUUUUCGUACGGGCAGUGAGGAAUGCAUUCCAAGGAAUGCUUCGAAUUUUACGGUGCAAAAUGUCCAGGGUCGUAGCGGGGGAACGAGAGGUAAAUUUCGUGCUGGGGUACAGUCUGGCAAUGCACCCAUGGUGAGUUUAUCAUCUCCGGAAAGUGCUUAUUCCACGGGGUAUUCUACGGAUGGCACAUCGCCCGGUGCCGGUUAUACCCCACCCGAAUAUUAUGUCAACAUGAGAACAGGAACACAUUAUUUUCCCAAAAGUGUCAACUCUUUGGCUAUAGAGGCUCAACGUUAUAAAUUUGGGUUGAAUAAAAUCGAGGAAAUGUCUCCCAUUGACCCAUUGCCCAAAACAUCGUUUGCCCAUCGCCACUUGGAGGAAAGUGAGAGUGGGCUCGUUAAACACCCAAAUAACAUGGAUCCAUAUGAGAAAACUUUAAACCAACAGCAACAUCCUCUACAGUAUAGUGGUACACGUUCGAAUCAACACAGUCCAUUGCCGAUACGCAAUACCAUCGUAAUACCUACCCUGAAGGGAUUCGAAUCACCAUCACCCCGGCAACGAAGUCGCAUUCGCACCAAUCCAUGGUAUUCAACCACGGAGACAUCCUCUUCCAGCUCCACAAUGCAUGGUGGGCAACAACAAGUGUCGCAGCUCAAUGAUGGCAAUCUUAUGAAUAUCUCACAGAUCUCCUCCUCUAUGACUAUGUCUUCAUCCACUUCGUCACACUCAACGUCUGCCUUGUCAACCAUACAUCUGCAGGAGCAGGAUUUUCAGCAUCGCACAUCGUUGCCUAGUGGCAUUGUCAGCUCGUCGAGUCGUCAUUACAAUUCGGGCAGUGCCAGCGGCAGUAGCAGGGGAAACACUUUGAGCAUGAAAACAAUUCACAACAACAACAGCACCGGCACCGGCAGCAGCAGCAACAUUAGCAGUCACACCAGCCACGUAACAAGAGAGCAAUUAAACAUGUCGUGUGUUUCGUCGGGGUCUUCAUCCUCUUUGACUGAAGUGGAAAAUGCACAUCGCUCGUACACACCGAACACGGUGAGACGCAAACGUUCACUGCAAUUGCAUCACGGCUAUCAACACCCCCAACAACAGCAACUGGGCCAGCAACAUUCUGUGGAACCUGUUGCCGCUUUGCCAAUUGCCAGCCCACACAAGAAACACCCCGAGGCUCCUUUGGCUGUUGUCAGCGAUGAUGAUAAUACACUUAACGAAAUGAUGGGUAAAUUCGAUGAGAGUUAUAUUUAUGAAAAGGAGACUGACAUACUGAGCAGUGAUUCUGAUCCCACAGACUGUCCCACCGACCUGGAUACCGGUCAGGAUGCUGGUGACGAAUGUGAUACAGAUGAUCUAUUGGAUAUUGAUUUCAUUGACACAGCCUCCGUGCAGGAGAUCUUUGAUCGACGUGAUCAAAUCAACAUGGGUGCCUGUUAUUAUGGCAGUCCAGUGAUGUCGCAGCGUCAUCAGCGGCAAGCAUCGAUGCGCUCGAGGCGUAGCAAUCGAAGUAUUAAAAUGUCCGGGGAACAGAAUUUAAUGAAUGCGGCGGCUGGCAAUGCUCAGCGCAGACGUAAACGUUUUCACAAGACCCGAAAGAAGAGCUCGGAGGGUAAGGACAACUGUCGUUCGCCUAUGCGGAGACCAAGAGAAACUCGAAGUGUUGGAGGAACACCGGUCUGUUUGAGGAAGAAUAUAAAGAGCAAUGAUGCGCAUAGAUACAGCAAAACAACACCCCACCAAUUGUCACACCGCUCCAGUUCCUUGGUAUUUACGGAUGUACGAGAAACUCGUUUCAUGACCAUUGCUGAAAGUGAGAAGGCCCUAUUGAGGGCGGACUUUGAGGCUGAUGUGAAAUACAAACAAUUGAUAAUGGAAGCCGAAUCGAUAUUGCAAUCCAUGAGGAACAGCGUUCAGAGCAUACCACGCGAAACACCACAACCAAGCCCACGUCGCAUCAAUCCCUUGGCCAAUAAACGCGUCGAAAUGAUUAAGAAUUGUGAAAUUGAUUUACAAAAACAACAACAGCAAGCCCAACAAUCGAAAAAUAAAGCGACCGACUUAACCGAACAGGAACUCACUGCUGCCGUCAAUAAACGUAUUGAAAUGCUGAAAUUGGAAACUCAAUCCCCACCGGGUAGCCCCAAAUUGGGUGCUUGCAGUCCACGUAAAACUCAUCUGACAAAUUUCAUUAAUCAAAAUAUUGCACCCGAACCGGGAAUGCGAAAGCAACUCAACUCCCCAUUAGUGCAACGACGAAACUUAAGUCCCACAGCUUCGCCAUUACAACAGCGCCGUUUAACAGCUCCAGCUGGAAUUACGGCCAAGGCUCAAGCCUUCACUGGCCCCUCUUCACAACCAAUGUCGUCGCAAUGGAGUGAUUCCGAUCAGGAUAAUAGUGCCAUGAAAAUCAAUGAUCACUUGAAUCAAAACUAUUUGCAAGGUGUCGCCUAUCAGGAAGCAACAAAUGAAUAUAAUGAUGCACGCAAUCACAAUGUUAUCCAGCAGGCAACAGAAAUGGGUCCAAAGAUAACCUUAAAUUAUUGUCCUCAAAGUGAACCGUUAAAGCGAAAGGUCUACAAAAGCCAUUCAACAUUCGAAAAUAAUAAAUUGAGAUAUGCCGCUGCUGCUGCGCAAAGGGAAGAUCAAUUAAAACAUCAGCGCCUAAAAGCAUACAACACCGGCAGUGGUGAUUUUGCCAUGCACCAACAAACGAACAUGAAAUCGACUAGUCACGACUUCAAUCAUUUAUCAUCGUUCUCAGGCAAUGGAUUAAAGACUGAUUUUCAUUCAACAACAAAUGUGGCCACAACAACAACAACAAACAGCAACACCAACAGCACAGAUAAAGCAACCUUAAUUCAACGUACCCUUGCCGAUUUGAAACGAAAUUUGGAACAUCAAAGUUUGGAAUUGAAUGGAUUAAAUGAAACGUAA